AUGUCAAUUCGCUACAAUGUCACGUCAACCCGUCCGCCCGCGCUCUCACCCACGCCUGGCUUGGCAACCAAGGUCGCUUCGUUUGGCUCUAGCCUCGCUGCUUCGUCCGCGCUCGCCAGCGGCAGCCUUCAGUUGUCGCGCCGCUCCGUUCAGCGCAGCCCAGUUUUCUGGAGAGCCGAGUCUACCUCCGACCUGAGGAUUUGA